CUGUCUUUUCUUCUUUGAACAUUUCGUUGUUUAUGUGGAGGGUUGGCACCUUCCUUCGGCCGCCGAGAAUCUUUAGUCAUCCAAGGACACCCCACACACACACCUGGGGGCCUGUUCUCCAGUCCUCAGGAAGCUCUGCGCGUGGGAACAGGUGCAGGUGACGCCGGGGUGUGCCAUCAACAUGAGUGUAUGUUCCAGCCUGAUUCAGUCCAGCCAUGUGUCUGUUGCUGAGGACUGUGCUGUGUGCCCAGCACUGUGCUGGGAGCUCUGAUGAGUGGUUCUAGUGCCACCCAAGCAAGUAGGUGACAGCUCACAUGAGAUCACUUCACUUAUCUCCACACUCAGGCCCAUGGGAUGUUUGUAGCAGUUGGUCCUUGUUUGGGGGAGUUUUCCGGGAUGGAAUUAGGUAGGAGGAUGUGGAACAGCUGAUGGAAGGGCUGCAUUGCAGUGUUGGGGUCAGAGUGAUGGUAGGGGGUGUGUCCCUGUGUGCUUUUCCUCUGUACCCAACUCCUGACAUGGGGCCUUCAUGGAAAAACUUGGAGUUUUAGAGGAUCUGUGGGCUCGACAGGGAAUUGGCCCUGGGGCCACUUCUGCAGCUGGGAGAGGUGCAAAUCCCUCCUUUUACAGAUUUUGGGUUUUGCUCCUCAUUUUGUUCCACCACCUAAACUACCCCCACUCAUCGUAGUGUUUAGAAAAGUGCGCUGGAUAAAGACAGUGUGAGGUGGUGAAAGGUCAGGAGGAUUGAGAAUCCUUUGAUUUUUUUAGGAUUUGGCAAUUCUGUUAACUUACCACUUGAAAAGUAGAAAUGACUGUAAAACAUGUAUGGUGAGAUAUGCCCAGCUUCUGUAAUGUUAGAAUGUGCUGUAGUUCUAUAAGACCCUUGGGAGACAUAACAAGCACAUGCAAUACAUGAUCCUUGAUGGGUUAUAGAUCCAAAUAUUCUAUCAAAGGCAUUUAGAAAGAUUGAGAAAAUUUGAAAAUAUACUGUAUCUUAGAUCAUGUUGUAUGAAUAUUUAAUUUCAUGGGUGUGAUGAUGGCAUUGUGAUUGUGUCAGAGAACAUCCUUAGGAGAUGCAGGCUGAAGAAUGUAAAGUGAGAUGUUCUGAUGUCUGCAACUUGCCUUGAAAAGGUUCAGGAAAAAGUGGUGUCUGUGUGAGAGUGACCACCUCGGGAGGUACUCCCCUUCUUGUGCACAGAUAUUAUUCCUGAAAUACCAGCUUCUCAGGUCUUUGAGUAACUGGUCCUCUCUCCGAAGUACUCUCCCCUCCCAGCAGUCUCAUACUACGUCAAGGGUUCUGCUCUGCUGGGACAUCCCCCGUGAGCUGUUCUGACUCUUCUGCUAGUUUUAUUUCCACAUCUGCCUUUUUUUUUCUUUUUAAAUAAAGUUAAUUAAUUUAAUUUUUGGCUGCGUUGGGCCUUCGUUGCUGCGCGCAGGCUUCUCUCUGGUUGUGGCAAGUGGGGGCUACUCUUCGUUGCAGUGCGCGGACUUCUCAUUGCAGUGGCUUCUCUUGUUGCGGAGCACGGGCUCUAGGCAUGCGGGCUUCAGUAGUUGUGGCACACGAGCUCAGUAGUUGUGGCUCGCAGGCUCUAGAGUGCAGGCUCAGUAGUUGUGGCACAGGGGCUUAGUUGCUCCGUGGCAUGAGGGAUCUUACCAGACUAGUGCUCAAACCCGUGUCCCCUGCAUUGGCAGGCGGAUUCUUAACCACUGCACCACCAGGGAAGCCCCUCCACGUCUGCCUUUGAUUCCCACACCCUUUUGCUUCCUGUCCUGCAAAAUGAAGACACACCAGACAUGGGCUUUUGCUGGUGGGUUGGUAAUACCCCUCAGAAAGUCCUGUGCCAAGGCUCAAAUCCUGUCCUGCUCUUGCCUGUUGACACCUCCAUACUGAAACCACGUAGCCUCUGACAGUGCUCUCUCGCCAGCACCGCAUUGUGAUGUCUCUGGAGCUUUGUUUCUGCCCAUUUCCUCCUUCUUUCUGCCAGCGCCAUCACCAUUAUGCUUCAUCCCUGCAUGCCUUAGUUAUGGGCACGUUCUCAGCAUGUGUCCUCACUCCGACCUUCUCAUUUCCCUGAAAUCCGGUGAGUUUUUUGGAUCAGGUUUAUUGAGGUGUAAUUUAUACACAAUAAAUUUCUCCAAUUUUAUAUAUGUAGGAUUUGGUGAGUUUUGGCAAGUGUAUACAGUCGUGUAACCAGCACCACAAUCACGAUAUAGAACUUUUCCAUCACCCAAAAAGUUCCUUCAUGUCCCUUUGAAGCCCAUCUUCUCCACCCACCCCCUUGGCAUCCAGUAUAAUUCUGUCUUAAGAAUUUCAUGUGGAAUUAUAAGAUAUGUAGUCUUUGUUUCUGACUUAUUUCAGUUAGCAUUAUGCUUUUGACUUCAUUUCCUUGUUUGAAUCAGUAGCUUGGUCCUAUUGAUUGUCUAGUGAUAUUCCAUUUGUUUUAGGUUCCUAGGGCUGCCACAGCAAAGUGCCACAGACUGUGUGGCUCAAGCAAUAGAAAUUUAUUGUCUCAUAGUUCUGGAGGCUAGAAGUCUAAGAUCAAGGUGUUGAUAGGUUUCUUCUGAGCUUCUCUCCUUGGUUUGCAGAUGGUGCUUCUCUGUGUCCUCACGUUCUCCCCUGUGUACAUAUUUGUGUCCAAAUUUCCAUUUCUUAUAAGGACACUAAUUCUACCAUUUUAGGACCCAUCUUAAUGACCUCGUUUACCUUAAUUACCUUUUUAAAGGCCUUGUCUUCAAAUAUAGUCACAUUCUAAGGUAUUGGAGCUUAGGGCUUCAACAUAUGAAUUUGGAGGGACGCAGUUCAGCACAUAACAUUGUUGCAUAUGUACUCCACAAUUUGUUUAUCCAUUCACCAACUGAUGGAUGUUUAGGUUGUUUCCUCGUUUAGGUUAUUACAAAUAAACCUGCUAUAAAUAUUGGAGUAUAAGUAUAGAUGUGUGUUUUAAUUUCUCUUGAAUAAAUACCCAAGAGUGGAAUGGCUGAGUCAUAUAGUAAAUAUAUGUUUAAUUAUUUAUUUUAUUGGUCUUUGCAGAGAACCAUCUUUUGGUUUCAUUGAUUUUCUCUAUGGCUUUUCUGUGCUCUUUUUCAUCAGUUUCUGGUUAUUAUUUCCUUUCUUUACUUUGGCUUUUUUUUGAUUGUUUGUUUUGAUGUGGACCAUUUUUUUUAAAGCCUUUAUUGAAUUUGUUACAAUAGUGCUUCUGUUUUAUGUUUUUGGUUUUUUGGCCCCAAGGCAUGUGGGAUCUUAGCUCCCCAACCAGGGAUCGAACCCACAUCCCCUGCAUUGGAGGGCAGAGUCUUAACCACUGGACCACCAGGGAGGUAGCUACUUUGGCUUCUUUUUUUUUUUUUUUUGAAAUGAUUUUUUGCUUUUAAUUCAUUGCAUAAAAUGCUAAUGUCCAAAUUCAGGCAGGUAGCUCUUACAACCAUCAGGAGCUUCAACCCUGCUAACAGCUAAGUAUGCAUUUUCUUUUAGCAUUGUAGCAUUGCUUAAUCAAAAUAAUAAAAUAAAUAAUCAAAUCUACAGGAGUAAUUAUGCAAAUAUCACCCCACCUACACCAGUGAAUUCUUUUUUUCACAACACACACACACAAACACACACACACACACUGUAUUUUAUUUUUACAAGAGAUAAAUAAACUGACACCAAGCAUUGUAAAUGGAUGACCACAACAAAAGCAACAAUGAUUGCAGUUACCAAACACGAAACACACUCAUACUAUGUCAUAAUAUUGACAUUCAGUCCAGUAAUUCUCCACUGUAACAGCUCCUUUACUUUGCAGUGAAAAUUGAUUUGUAUAUUUUUUGCCUCUGAGUCCUUGUGGGAUUUUUUUUUUAUUCAAACAGAAAGUCACAAAAAUUAUAAUCAUCGUCAUCAGUUCACUCAGUCCCAUGUAAUUAAUUUUUUUUUCAUCUUGAUCUUUUGUUAGCACUUUUAUGAAUUCAUCAGUUUUCCGUUAGAGUUCUGAAAAUGCUUAUUCAUUCAGUUCAGCAGUAUAGUCAGUUACCAGAAACCUGUACUUGUCAGAGUCUUUUCCAUGAAUUCCUUGAAGAUGAAACCCUUUUGUAGGAACAUUUUUGCGAAAGCAUCAGCGUACACCCAGAACUGUCUGUAAAUGACAAAAGACUUAAAAAUGACCACGGUUAAAGAUUUGAUGAAAGUUCAUAAUAAUGGAAUUGACAAGGAAAUUUAGUUAUUUCUGAGAUAAACAUUUUAAAGUAAUAACUAGAAUUAUGACUUAACAUUAUACCAGAACAUAUAAGAUUUUUAGAAAUUUCAUGUAAUGUUUGAAACAUUUAUAUUAACAUAUUUCCAUACAAAUAACCAAAGAAAGUUUAGUAUUAGUUGUUUUUUUGUUGUUUUUUUAUACUGCAGGUUCUUAUUAGUCAUCAGUUUUAUACACAUCAGUGUAUACUACUUUGUUUUCUUAAGGGUGAAACUGAGGUAUUGAUUUGACACCUAUUCUCAUUAGCAUUCAGUGCUAUAAAUUUACCUCUAAGUCCUGCUUUAGCUAUAUUCCACAAAUUUUCUGUUGUAUUUCCCUUUUUUUCAGUUCAAAAUAGUUUCUAAUUUUUUUGUAAUUUCUCCUUCAACUGUGUAUUAUUCAGGAGUGUAUUGUUUAAUUCUAAAUAUGUGGAGAAUUUUCUGGGUAUCUUUUUUUUUUUUUUUUUGCAGAGGGGCUGCUUUGGGUCUUCAUUGCUGCGUGCGGGCUUUCUCUAGUUGUGGUGAGCAGGGGCUACUCUUCAUUGUGCGUGGGCUUCUCAUUGUGGUGGUUUUUCUUGUUGCAGAACAUGGGCUCUAGGUACAUGGGCUUCAGUAGUUGUGGCUUGCAGGCUCUAGAGUGCAGGCUCGGUAGUUGUGGCACACUGGCUUAGUUGCUCUGCAGCAUGUGGGAUCUUCCCGGACCAGAGCUGGAACCCAUGUCCCCUGCAUUGGCAGGUGGAUUUUUAACCACUGUGCCACCAGGGAAGCCUGGGUCUUACUUUUUAAAUUCAAUUUGACAAUCUGUAGUUUUUACUUGGGAUAUUUAGACUAUUCACAUUUAACAUAAUUAUCCACACGGCUGGGUUUAUAUCUGCCGUUAUGCUAUUUGUUUUCUACGUCUUGUAUCUUUUUUAAUUCUGUUUCACCCUUAACGCUUUCUUUUGAGGUAAACAAAUACUGUUUUAUGAUACUUUUUUGUUGUUGUUUUGUUUAGUUUUAUGAUACUUUUAAUUCUGAUUUUAUUAACUUUUUUUCCUUUUAGUUACCUGAUUGGAUUCUAGAUGGAGUGAAUUUUACUUUGUUGGGUGUUGGGUUUAAUUCCUUAAAUGUUUUGUGAUGCAGUGAAAUUACUUAGUGUCAGUUGGAUCCUUCCAAGGCUUACUUUUAGGUUUUGUUAAGGUGGGUCCAGAGAAGUCUUUAAUCUCAGGCUAAUUUUGCCCCACUGCUGAAGCAGCAUCCUUCUGGGGACUUUACUCAGUGUCCCAUAGAGCAGGAGGACAUUCACUCUGGCCGGUUGGAGCACAGACUGUUCCCAGUCCUGUUUGAGUUUUAAUGAUUGUCCUGCACACACCUCUUUCUGCUGUUUCUUUCCCUGGUUUGGGGUCAUUCCUCAGUCAAUCUUGAGCACAUCCAGAGUUCCAAGCCUGUGUGGCUCCCUUUGCUGUGGCACGUUGCCCUGAAAAUUCUAGUUUCCUGGUCUCCCCAAACUCUGUUCUCUGUCUCCUCAACUCCUUGGACCACAAGCUCUCUCUGGAUUCCCACACCCUGCACUGUGAUCAGGGACUACUUCCAUGUGGGAAGGUGAGGCUGUUGUAGGGCUCGCUUUGUUUGUUCUCAGGGGUCUCUGUUCUGAGCUGUCCUUUGUCCAGUGUCUGGAAAUUGACCAUUGUUUCAUACAUCUUACCCAGUUUACUAGUUGUUUGAGGUAAGGAGGGCAAAUCUGGUGCCCAUUACCCCUUUGUGUCUAGAAACAGAACUUGAAACUCAGUUUUUACCAGGCUGCUUUUUUUAACCAGGUCACUCCUUGGGCCCAUGCUCAGAACCUGUUCACGCCUGUCCCCCUCCUGCCUUCCCCCCAUGCUGCCUGCUGCAGAAUGCAGACGCUGUCACCUUGGAGUAGAUACCUAUCUUCAUAUUCUGGCCACUGUGGCCUGCCUCCCCACCUCCUCCCUGACUCCAGUUCACUUUACUGCUGAGGACCUGCUUGCCCCACCACUUCUGUGUCCCCCCAACCCCCACCUUUUUUUUUUUAGUAUUUAUUUAUUUAUUUGGCUGUGCUGGGUCUUAGUCGCGACAAGCAGGAUCUUCGUUGCUGCGUGAAGGGUCUUCAGUUGCAGCGCGUGGGAUCUUUUUAGUUGCGGCAUGAGGGAUCUAGUUCCCUGACCAGAGAUCGAACCCGGGCCCCCUGCAUUGGGAGUGCAGAGUCUUCCGCUGGACCAUCAGGGAAGUCCCUGCCUAUCUUCUAAUGCAUCCCUGUCAUGACUGUAUGUGGCCUGGGCUGCUCUUUGUUCUCUUCUCAUGGGACAGGCACUGGGUCUCCAACCUCUUGGCGUGCCCAGCUGGAGAGGAGUUGGUGACUUUCAAGGACGUGGCCGUGGACUUCACCCAGGAGGAGUGGGGACAGCUGGACUCCCCUCAGAGGGCCCUGUACCGGGACGUGAUGCUGGAGAACUACCAGAACCUUCUUGCCCUGGGGCCUCCCGUCUGCAAGCCAGAUGUAAUCUCUCACCUGGAACGAGGCGAGGAGCCAUGGUGGGCGCCUAGAGCUGUCCCUGGAGGGGCUGGUCCAGAUCUCAGCCCUGAGCCCCAGCGCCGCACCUCCGCCUGCUCUCAGAAGGUAGUAUCUCCAUUUCUUACAGAACCAGAAUGGGAGCCGGGGCCUGAGGUGGAGGAGCCAUGGUCUCAGCAGCUGUGCGUUUACAAAGAAGAACCGUCAUGGGAGCUGAUCGCAGGUGGGCUGGCGAGGUCCGGUCUCCACAGCCCCGGUCCUGGUGACAGGGGCGCCCAGGGGGCCCUGGCGACUGCUCUGUCACAAUGUGAGGCCGCCAGCACCAGGGACGGUCCCACAGAGGAGCACCGAUGGGGCCAUGUGGUGUCUGAGGAGGCUCUUGGCCGGAGGUGUGCCCUCCUGGCCCAGCCCAGCCUUCCCGCAGAAGGAGCCUCUCCGGACGGCUGCGUGGGGAGCGUGCAGUCCAGCAGAGUCAGGCAUCGGAGCCCGGGUGCCGGGAGCGGCCCGUUCACGUGUGGCGAGUGCGGCAAGGCCUUCCAGCGAAGCGCGGCCCUGGCACUGCACCGGCGGUGGCACGCGCGAGAGAAGGCCUACAAGUGCGGUGAGUGUGGCAAGGCCUUCACCUGGAGCACCAACCUCCUGGAGCACCGGCGUGUCCACACCGGCGAGAAGCCCUUCCUCUGCGGCCAGUGCGGCAAGGCCUUCAGCUGCCACUCAUCCCUUAACGUGCACCGGCGCGUCCACACGGGCGAGCGGCCCUACAAGUGCGGCGCCUGCGACAAGGCCUUCAGCUGCAGCUCGCUGCUCGGCAUGCACCUGCGUGUCCACACCGGCGAGAGGCCCUACCGGUGCGGCGAGUGCGGCAAGGCCUUCAACCAGCGGACACACCUGACGCGGCACCGCCGGAUCCACACUGGUGAGAAGCCCUACCGGUGCGGCGCGUGCGGCCGGGCCUUCGCCUGCCACUCGUCCCUGACGGUGCACGAGAAGCUCCACAGCGGGGACAAGCCCUUCCAGUGCGGCGACUGCCAGAAGGCCUUCAGCAGCCGCUCCCGCCUGACGCUGCACCAGCGUGCCCACACGGGCGAGAAGCCCUUCAAGUGCAGCCAGUGCGGCAAAGCCUUCAGCUGCCACUCGUACCUGGUGGUGCACCAGCGCGUCCACAGUGGCGAGAAGCCCUUCCGCUGCAACGAGUGCGGCAAGGCCUUCAGCUCCCACUCCUACCUGAUUGUGCAUCAGCGCGUCCACACCGGCGAGAAGCCCUUCGACUGCAGCCGCUGCUGGAAGGCCUUCAGCUGCCACUCGUCGCUCAUCGUGCACCAGCGCGUCCACACCGGGGAGAAACCCUAUAAGUGCGGCCAGUGCGGCCGGGCCUUCAGCCAGAAUCACUGUCUCAUUAAACAUCAAAAGACCCACUCCGCGGAGAAGCCCUUUAAGUGUCAUGAGUGCGGCGAGGUGUUCGGCUGGAGCGGCCCCCUGGCAGAGCACCGCAGGCUGCACAGCAGGGAGAAGCCCUUUGCCGUCCAGUUCGACAAGCGCUUGCUGAGCACUUACUGCAUGCCUGGCAGCCUACUGGGUACAGGGGGCUCCGGCGGGAGCAGCGUGGGCCCUGUUGAUGCCCUAGGCGUGGCUGAGCUCCUGGGCGUGGUCCCACCCUUGGCCGGAAGGAGUUCCCCGUGGGCAGCAACCCCAGAAAUUAACUCAUGUGUGCGAGAGACACCCACCUGCCCACCCGGAAACACCCCUUAAGGCUGUCACCUCCUGGGAAGGGAUCCACCGUAGGAGAGGAGAAUUGAGCGCGUUUGAGGAUGUACUGUCUUCCUGGGUUUUUUUUUUCCGGUCUUUUCUUUGAUGGGUUUGGAAGUCACUGAGGGGGGACAGAUCUUCCCUGCAUAUGAAAAGGAGGUAUGUCAGUCAUGUGUCCUUGGACAGCCUCUUGGUGUGAUUUCGAUCUGGAAUUUCCUUUGUAAACUCUUACGUUUAGAAUGAUAAUUAAAAAAAAAACUGAAUUAUGAACAGUAUUACUUCUAAGUGAACGUUACAUUCCAGGAGAGGAGAAUAAGCUCAGGUGGUAGGCAUUUGGGAAAAAGCAAAUUUCCUGGACUCGCUUCACUCACAUAGCUCUGCUGCAGAGUCAUGUUGUUAGUCAUGCUGUUAGCGCAGCUGUCUUGGAACCUGGCCCAGCAUCCACAUAGCCGGGUCCUAACAUGCCAGCCUCAUGCCUGGCCACCUCGUCCAUGCUGGAAGCUGGAAGGACACAGGGGUGUGCCUCCAGGGUGCAGUGCUGGCACACAGGUGUCUGGAAGCACACCUCCACCCCGGCUGGCAAGGCCACCUGCAGGGCCGCUCAGGUACCACGUAGCUCAGCCCUGUGAGAGGAGCUGGGCCCCGUGCUCCCCGGAGAAGGAAAAAGAUGGUGUUCAUCUGGGACUCAUGUCAUUUCUGCUCAGUUCUAAGCAGAUAUAAGCUGCCUUCUCAGUGAUGAUACUUCACAUUUGUAUAAAGUGCUAGAGUUUAUGAAAUGCUUUUUAGUAUACUUUUUAAACUAUGGAGGCAAAAUAACCACUUUACAGAAAAUACAGAAUUAAGGGGAAAAUACCCAUAAUUCUUAAUAAAAUUGCAUUUUGCACUUUGGUACGUUACCUUCUGCUUUUUGAUAUUGCAUUUUUACAUUAAACACGGUGUAUACAGUCAACAUUCUAAUCUUUUUCCCCUGCUUACCUGCAUAGCAGGACUUCUUUUUCCCGCAGAGCCUCACUGUCUUUGGAGCUGUCCUUCUGGAUGGGGGCGUGAUGUUCUAUUAGCUGUUUUUUUGUUGGAUGCAGAAGUUAUUUCCAAGUUUUCACUGUUACAAGUCAUUCUUCAUAUAGCAUCUUUUUGCAUUAUCCUUCUUUAGCGUUGUCUUAGAGUAGAUUUCUAGAAGUGAGAGUUUUGAGAUAAAGGAAAUGAACAGCCUAAGGCAUCGUUUUAGUAUAUUUUUGGUUGUGUGAUAACAAAAGUAAUACCAUCUCAGCGUGAGGAGAACCGACAGUAGUUGUCAGGCGCGUCCAGGUCCCGGAGGCCGACGCUGCUCCGAGCUGGGUCCAGACGGGCUUGCUUCUGGGUGCCACGGCGAUGAUCCCAGGUGUCCGCCCCCAUCGUUCCUCCAGCGUCCUUGGGGCUGGUCUCAGGCCCUUCCUCCAUGACAAAUAGGGAAAGUUCUAUUGGACAACUGCAUUGGCAAAAGAUAGACAAAAUCUCGGUUUGAUUCAUUUUCAUACUCAUUUUUCCUAUUUUAAAAGAAAUUCAAAUGCAAACAUCUUGGGGGACCCCGGACACCACACCUGCUGUCUGCCUGGCGGGGCUGUUAACGCCCUCAGCUGAGAGCAGCACCUUGCUCUUUGAUAACCGGUGAGGUUGAAAUGGAAUGUGUUCUUAUUGUUGGUCUUCUUGAAAACUGUUUGAAAUACCCUUUGGCCCCCUUCCAUUGAAGUCUCGAUGUUCUUUUAUUUACAUAUAAACUUUGUUUUCUGAUCAUACACGUAAUACAUGUAUAUUGAAGAAAUUUGGGGGAAAAAAUCAAUUUUAUAAGAAUUAAAAUGACCCUUAGAAUCAGUUCACAGGUCAUGACCUGGAGAUGGAUUUCUUUCUGUUUUUUUCCUCUGCGUGUAUACACGUCUUUUUUUUUUUUUUACAAAAAAAGUGUAAAGGACUGUAUUAUAGGCAAAAUUAUUUAAGUCAAUAAAUAAAUUUUUAAGGAAUUGUACAUGU